AAGCAACGAAGCACGACGUGAGAGAGAUUGUGAAGUAGAAAUCGGUGCAAGAAAUUCUCCACUUUAUCUAAAAAAAUUCGGUGAGUUUGUGAAGACAAAAAAUCACUAGCUACUCAAAAAUGGCCACAGUAGGAAGGAACGUUGCAGCUCCUUUGCUGUUUCUUAACUUGAUCAUGUAUUUUAUUGUUCUUGGCUUUGCUAGUUGGUGCCUCAACAGGUUCAUCAAUGGCCAAACUUACCACCCUAGUUUUGGUGGAAAUGGUGCAACCAUGUUUUUCUUAACCUUCUCCAUACUAGCAGCUGUUCUGGGCAUCGUGUCCAAACUUUUGGGUGGGAAUCACAUGAGGACAUGGAGGAGUGACAGUUUAGCAUCUGCAGGAGCCACAUCAAUGGUUGCUUGGGCAGUCACAGCUCUAGCAUUUGGGUUGGCUUGCAAGCAAAUACACUUAGGAGGGCAUAGAGGGUGGAGGCUGAGGGUAGUGGAGGCAUUCAUAAUAAUACUAACAUUCACACAGUUGUUGUACCUGAUACUGAUCCACGCGGGGCUAUAUAGCAGCAGAUAUGGUCCCGGGUACCAUGACACUGACUAUGGUCAUGGACAUGGUGUGGGAGGGACUACAGGAGAUCCAAUGCACAAGCCUGCUACUGCAGGAACUCGUGUCUAAGUGCCACUGCACUGCACCACCUUUGUUAAUUUCUUCUCUUCAAUCAUGUUCUACUUUACCUUUUGUUGGAACUUUCUUUUUUUCAUUGUCUUUGGUUUAGAUCACUUGGAUUGUGUAAUGUCUUUGUUGGCUUGUUGUUUUCUUACACAUGAUAGUCACUUUGUAGCAUGACAUUGUGUGGUGUAUAUGAAUGGCUGUAAUUGAUUUUGUAUCAGCCCUCUAUCAUGUGUAUCUAUGUUUGUGGUUCCACAUCUCAGACAUGAAUUUUUCAUGCUUACUGAGAAGUUAAUAAAUUUCUUAGACGUAACCUUUUACUUCUCAA